AUGGAUACUAAGGACGCGACGACUAACGAGGCAUCAAGAAAGAACGAGCACAACGAUGAUUCGUUCUCUGAUGACGAUGUCGCUGUUCAUUCCGUCCGCUUCAAGCGGAAAAAGAUCGAUGCUGGAGGAGCAGCACAAGGCCAGACGGGUGGCGCAUCCGUUAAUGGAGCAACAGGCACAGUGUCAGCGUCAGGAGCAGGAGGAGUAGGAGGAAAGGGCUCAGGACUCUAUCUUGACACUAUUCGUCGUUACAUGUUGGACUUUGAUUUUGAGAAGGUCUGCUCCGUCUCCUUGUCCAACUUGAACGUCUACGCUUGCCUUGUCUGUGGAAAGUACUUUCAAGGACGCGGGACAACAUCCCACGCUUACUUUCACAGUCUGCAUGAGAACCACCAUGUGUACAUCAAUCUGAACACCCUCAAGGUCUAUGUUCUGCCAGAAUCGUACGAAGUAACCGACAGCUCGCUGGAUGAUAUCAAGUAUGUCUUGGACCCUCGUUUCACACAUGCGCAAGUCAAGGCAUUGGACAAGAACUCUAGCCAAUCGUUUGAUCUGAAUCGCAAGCCUUAUAUCCCAGGCUUUAUCGGAUUGAACAACAUCAAAUCAAACGAUUAUGUCAACGUGGUAAUCCAGGUUCUCGCCCACAUCCCUCACAUCCGUGACUACUUUAUGCUGCAAAAGUUUGACGACAAGUCAGAGCUCGUGAAGCGGUUCGGAACGUUGGUGCGAAAGAUCUGGAAUCCUUCGGCAUUCAAAGGCCAAGUCAGUCCACACGAGCUUUUACAGGAAAUUUCGAACGCAAGUAAUAGACAGUUCAAGUUGACGGAACAGAGCGACCCACUGGCGUUCUUGUCAUGGUUCCUCAACACAUUGCACAAAGACCUUGGAGGCACGAGGAAGAAGAACAGCAGUAUCAUCUAUUCGUCAUUUCAAGGAGAGCUCUCGAUCGAGACUCAACCAAUCGACCCCAAGGCAGUCAAGGGCGCAGACCCUAUGUUUAACUCGGACAGCGCCAUUACAAAGACCAAAUCUCCAUUCUUGUUUUUAGCAUUGGAAUUGCCUCCGCCUCCGCUGUUUCACGACGAACUGGAGAAGAACAUCAUUCCACAGAUUCCCUUGACGACCAUCCUUUCGAAAUACGACGGCAGGACUCUCCAGGAAAGCGUCGCAGACCUAAAGAAGUUCCAGAUCACUCGACUCCCCAAUUACAUUAUUCUUCACAUCAAGAGGUUCUCCAAGAAUAGUUUUGCUAAGGAAAAGAACCCGACCAUCGUGACUUUUCCUAUCAAGAACCUGAGCAUGGCCGAGUUUGUCGCUGACCCAGAGAAAGAAAAGGUGCUUGGAUUGCAGUACGACCUCUUGGCUAAUAUCACGCACGAGGGCGAUCCAUCUGUCCCUAGCUCGACAAGCUACAAAGUCCACCUUCAGCACCGCGCCAAAGAGCAAUGGUAUCAGAUCCAGGAUCUGUUUGUGGAAGAGAUCAAUGCACAGAUGAUCUUUUUGUCCGAGUCCUAUAUUCAGGUCUGGGAACGCAAAACUCCAAAUUGA